ACUUUAUUGUAUUCAAAAUAAGCAACGCUAUUUGAUUGUUUCUGUUGUAUUCAAAUAUAUAAGUGUGUGUAUAUAUGUAUUUGCUUUUUUUCCGGCUCUGUACCGUACUCUCCAUACCCCCCACGUCGACGUCAUUCGGUUGGAAAAAAAAAAAGAAAAUGACAAGCCUCGCAAAUGUAAACGCAACAUUAUCAUGACAUUGUAUUCUCGUAACUGAAAAGCCCCGGCGUUUUCCCAGUUUUUUUUUUGGCUGGAGCUUGGCUCACCUUACAUUCUGGAACCCUUCAUUUUAUUCAAAGACUGCCGUUACGCUUGCUGCAAAGAGCGGUGUCCUGGUGUUGACCACUGAGCCAUGGAUACCACCACUUCCCUGAAGAUGACCUCCGUGGCUGUCCAAAGUCUGUUCAGCUACGUGGAGGAGGAGAACCUGGCUGCCAUCAAAGCACACUUGGAUAAGUUCAAAGACGUCGACAGCAGGAGUGAUAAUGGACAGACUCCCCUUAUGGUGGCAGCUGAGCAGGGCAAUCUGGAGAUUGUGCAGGAACUCAUCAGGAGAGGAGCCAAUGUUAACUGCGAUGAUGUUGACUGCUGGACAGCGCUGAUGUCAGCGUCCAAGGAAGGCCACAUCCAGGUUGUGCGAGAAUUGCUGGACAACGAUGCUAACGCGGAACACAGAGACAUGGGAGGAUGGACUGCUCUCAUGUGGGCCGCCUAUAAAGGUCGUACAGAUGUGGCACAACUGCUCCUGAGUAAAGGAGCGAACCCAAACAUCACUGGUCAGUAUAGCGUCUACCCCAUAAUUUGGGCGGCGGGUCGAGGCCAUGCUGAGAUCGUCCAUCUGCUGCUGCAGCAUGGAGCUAAAGUCAACUGCUCGGACAAGUACGGCACCACCCCACUGAUCUGGGCUGCCAGGAAGGGUCACUACGACAGUGUGAUGCACCUUCUGGCCAACGGAGCUGAUGUGGAUCAGGAAGGAGCCAACUCCAUGACAGCUUUGAUCGUGGCAGUUAAAGGUGGCUACACUGAAGUGGUCAAGGAGCUGCUGAAGAGGAACCCGAAUGUCAACAUGACCGACAAGGAUGGAAACACAGCCCUGGCCAUCGCUGCCAAGGAGGGACACACCGAAAUUGUACAGGAUUUGCUGGAUGCUGGCACUUAUGUUAACAUACCAGACAGGAGUGGAGAGACCAUGCUGAUUGGAGCAGUGAGAGGAGGCCAUGUGGAAAUAGUACGAGCUCUGCUGAACAAAUACGCUGAUAUUGAUGUCAGGGGCCAGGAUGGAAAAACUGCUCUCUACUGGGCAGUGGAGAAAGGUAAUGCCACCAUGGUGAGAGACAUACUGCAGUGUAACCCGGACACGGAGAGCUGCACCAAGGAGGGAGAAACCCCACUUAUCAAAGCCACAAAAAUGAGGAACAUAGAGAUCGUCGAGCUGCUGCUGGAUAAAGGAGCAAAGGUGUCCGCUGUAGAAAAGAAAGGUGACACACCCCUCCACAUCGCCAUCAGAGGGAGGAGCCGAAAGCUGGCCGAGUUGCUGCUCCGGAACCCUAAAGAUGGCCGCCUCCUUUACCGCCCAAACAAGGCUGGAGAGACACCAUACAACAUUGAUUGCACCCACCAGAAAAGCAUCCUCACUCAAAUAUUUGGCGCCAAACACCUCUCCCCAACUGAAUCAGACGGGGACAUGUUGGGUUAUGACCUGUACAGCAGUGCUCUUGCAGACAUUCUCAGCGAGCCAACCAUGCAACCACCCAUCUGUGUUGGUCUGUACGCACAAUGGGGUAGUGGGAAAUCUUUUCUUCUGAAGAAACUCGAGGAUGAAAUGAAGACGUUUGCAGGGCAGCAGAUCGAGCCGUUGUUCCAAUUCUCCUGGCUGGUGGUCUUCCUCACCCUCCUGCUGUGUGGCUCAGUUGCUGUGAUACUGGGCUUUACCGUUGAUCACAAGCUGGCUAUCGCCGUUUCCCUCAGCCUGCUUGCUUUGAUUUACAUCUUCUUUGUUUUGGUGUACUUUGGAAGCCGACGUGAGAGAGAGAGCUGGAACUGGGCCUGGGUCAUCAGCACCCGGCUUGCCCGACAAAUUGGCUACUUGGAGCUUCUCCUCAAACUGAUGUUUGUCAAUCCACCCGAACUGCCUGAACAAACAACCCGUGCACUGCCUGUCAGGUUCCUGUUUACGGAUUACAAUCGCCUGUCCAGUGUCGGAGGGGAGACGUCCAUGGCCGAGAUGAUUGCCACGCUCUCAGAUGCAUGUGAAAGGGAGUUUGGUUUCAUGGCCACUAGGCUGUUUAGGGUUUUCAAGAAUGAUGAAAUCCAAGGUAAAAAGUGGAAAAAGACAUGCUGCGUGCCAUCCUUUGUACUGUUUGCCUUGACACUGUGCUGCCUCAUCGCCGGCUUAGCAUUGCUAGCAAUAUUUAAGGUGGACCCUGAGAACCUGACAGUGAAUGCAGUGCUGAUUGCAAUGGCCAGUGUGGUUGGCCUGGCCUUGCUAUUCAAUUGUAAAACCUGGUGGCAGGUGGGCGACUCAGUCCUCAACUCCCAGAGGAAACGCCUGCACAGAGCUGCCAACAAUCUGCACCAGCUUAAGAGUGAAGGCUUUAUGAAGGUUCUGAAGCACGAGGUAGAACUAAUGUCGAAGAUGGCCAAGACAAUCGAUGGCUUUACUCAGAACCAGACACGAAUGGCCGUCAUCAUAGACGGGCUGGAUGCCUGUGAACAGGACAAAGUGCUGCAAAUGUUGGACACGGUGCGAGUUCUCUUCUCUAAAGGGCCCUUCAUCUCCAUCUUUGCCAGCGACCCUCAUAUCAUCAUUAAAGCCAUCAACCAAAACCUCAACAGCGUGCUGAGAGACUCCAACAUCAACGGCCACGACUACAUGAGGAACAUUGUCCACCUGCCAGUGUUCCUCAACAGCAGAGGUCUCAGCACUGCCAGGAAGCUCUGCAUGGCAGCACCCACUAAUGGCGACAGUUUAGCUGCAGAAGGUAUAGCAAAAUGCAUCUCAGGAGUUUUGGUGAAAAGGAAUAUUUUACUCAUUCGAUUGUCCUUUACCCCAGGAUGGACUGAAGAUGUUGACAAGAAGAUGUCUCAGAGUAGCCUGGUUCCAGACCAGGCAAAAUUUGGCAGCAAGACCGCCCUUAACCGCAGGGACACAUACCGGCGGCGCCAGAUGCAGAGGACCAUCACCAGGCAGAUGUCCUUCGAUUUGACAAAGCUGCUGGUGACUGAGGACUGGUUCAGCGACAUCAGCCCUCAGACCAUGAGGAGGCUGCUCAAUAUUGUUUCUAUCACUGGUCGACUGUUGCGUGCCAAUCAGAUAAUCUUCAAUUGGGAUCGUCUGGCGUCGUGGAUCAAUCUGACUGAGGAGUGGCCCUACAGGACGUCAUGGAUCAUCCUCUUCUUAGAAGAAAGUGAUGGCGUGUCUGAUCAGGUCUCUCUCAAGACAAUCUAUGAGAGGCUGUCCAAGAGUAUUCCCACCACCAAGGAUGUGGAGCCAUUGCUGGAGAUCGACGGCGACAUCCGCAGCUUUGAGGUGUUCCUCUCUUCCCGAACACCUGUCCUCACUGCAAGAGAUGUGGAGAUGUUCCUUCCCUGCACUGUAAACCUGGACCCCAAACUCCGAGAAAUUAUAGCAGAUGUGCGUGCAGCCAGGGAGCAGAUGCAUGUGGGAGGGGUUACGUAUCCCACAAUGCCUUUGCAGGAGGCGGUGGUGCCCCGUCCACAGCCGGGAUAUGGCCAGCACACUGCCACGUGCUCGCCGUCGGGCUCUUUCGCCGGCUCCUUGCUGCCUCAGCCUCACAGUGCCUACUUCAGUGGCAUGACUGGUCCUCAGCACCCCUUCUACAACCGGCCUUAUUUCCCCCAACAUGUGUAUCACCUGCCAAGGCAUUACCCCCAUCAUGCCCCCUCAACCAUGCACCCUUCCAUUAAGCAUCCUCUUCACACCAAGGACAUCACUGGUGGACUUCUUUUAAGGUCACUGCCUUACAAAUCAAAGCAGGCCUCCCCAGCUGUCCUGCUCAGCUCAAUGAGCACAGAUGCAGUGUGCGAGUUCCUCAAACAGAUCGAUGGAAUCGACGCCAGCAUGCUGCGUCAGUACACUGCCACCGUUAAGAAGGCUAAUAUAAACGGACGCGUCCUGGCACAGUGCAACCUGGAUGAGCUGAAGAAAGAGAUGGAUAUGAACUUUGGUGACUGGCAGCUCUUCAGGGGAAUGGUGAUGGAACAACGGCAUGCCGAAAGCCAAGCUCUGCUUGAGGAGGAGUCGCGAGCUCCAAGUGAGCAGGGCAACAGCGUGUACAGCGCAGAGCCUGGCAGGCGCUUGUCGGGGGCCCAGCGGGAGGGAGGGACCUUCAGCCUCAGUCUGAGCUUCGAGGAGCUCAGUGGAGCAGGACUAGAAGAGCCCCCGAGACACGGCAGCAGCUCGCAGUGGCCGGUGGCGAAUCUCCGCACCACAAGCAUGUCCAGCCUCAACUCGCAAGAAUCGUCCAAUAACAUCUGCAGGUUGACGGACAGGCAGCAGGCAGAGUACCGCGACGCCUACCAGGAGUACAUUGCUCAGAUGGCCCAGCUGGACGUGUCGGGCGGCGCGAAGGAGAGGCCUGUGCAGCCCCAGCCGUUGACCUUCCUCCAGGCAGCCGGCUCGGACGACAAAGGGGCUAAGGAAGGAGCGGACCAAGAUGGCCGCAAGUCCUUCGUCAAGAGAGUCUCCAAGGCGUCUGACACCACAGACGUUCCCCCGGGGUCUGAUGCCCAACUCCUCGAUCCCAUCAGCGAGGAGGAUGAAAAGCUGGACCACAGCACGAGCUCCAGAAACAACACGGCCGAGUCGCGCGUCCGCAAGCUGUCCAGCGACGAUGACUCAAGCCCGGAGGAGGCCGACAACACCACGCCGCUCCUCCAAAAAGAAGCGAAAGCCAAGUCCUCACAUUUCCUCACCAAAGGUAUUUUGGAUCCCAAGGAGUCCACCGAGAGCUGCCCGGAGGAGGCAGCAGGAGAACCUGGUUUGGCGAAGGCAGCGGCAUGGUCAGGUGUUAUGGAGCUGGAGCUGGAGGGUGUGGUGAAGAAGCGAGGUUUCCUCCCCAGCAGCCUGAGCUGCCUGCAGGAUGCCACGGUGGCCCGUAUGUCCAUCUGCUCCGAGGCGGCCUCUGAGGCCAGCCUGAUGGCGAGCAGCCCGGACGAAGGGUGGCCUCCCGGCGGGAUCAGCAACCUCAACCGCAGCGAGAGCAACACCACGCUCAACAACAACACCAGCGACGCCAACUCCAACACCAACAACAGCAGCCGCCAACAACAACAGUUCGCCACCUCCCCCACCAGCGUCUCGCCUGCUGUCAUCAUCUCACCGGGCAGCGGCAACGCCACCGUCACCACCGCCACCGUCCACCACAACCAGAACCUGCGCUCCAUCAACCUGGGAGAUGAAAGGGAGAGCGCCCUUUGAGAUUGUUUCUUAUCCUAAUUCAGUAAUCAGUGUUGUCUCGUAAGGCUCGGAAUAGCGUUUUUUCUUUGAGGAGCAGUUUUGCUCCUCAAAUUUGAAUUCACUUGAGGAGCAACUUUCUAAUUUUGAGGAGUAGGUCAAAGGGUUAUAUGAAACCACAAAAAUGUCACAAUAUAAAAAUAGAAACAGUUGGUGUCAGUUUAUAAUCAAGAAGUUUUUAUUUCCUUCACAUACAUUGUCAAGAGCAGUAAACUAUAUUUUCAUGCCCGGAAACAUUUCCACUGGGGCAAUUUCAAAGACAAAUAUGAA